CUUUUUUCAAGGCAGAAAUGGAGGGUUUUUGAGUGAAGUUGAAGGGGAAAAGCCAUGGCGUUUUCUUCAUUGCGUUCAACUUCUUCUUCUGUGUUGAAUAGACUCCGAUUGUGCCAGCGCUCCAUCUCUGCUAAGGCUUCUUCUUCUCCGAAAGACAAAGACAGAGACAGAGAGAGAUUGAUAUUUGAUUCAGAAAGGGAAACGGCGGACCUAACUUCAGGAAUCAGCAGACCACUUUCUGAUAUACUGAAAGAGCUGAACAAGAAAGUUCCAGAUUCACUCAUCAAGUUUCGCCAUGAACCUAAUGGAUUCUCCAUCAAAUACAUACCAUGGCAUAUUGUGAAUAGGAUUAUGAAUUUACAUGCUCCAGAAUGGUCUGGCGAAGUUCGAAGCAUCACCUACUCAUCUGAUGGAAAGUCAGUUUCAGUUGUUUAUCGUGUGACAAUAUAUGGGACUGAUGCAGAGAUAUAUCGAGAAUCAACUGGCACUGCUUCAGUAGAUGAUCCAGGUUAUGGGGAUCCAGAGCAGAAGGCAGAAGGUAUGGCAUUUCGUCGAGCUUGUGCUCGUUUUGGGCUGGGACUUCAUCUUUAUCAUGAGGACAUGUCAUAGACUGG